AUUUGCAUAUGAAAGCCCGCGAUGGUUGAUCCAGAAGGAGAAAAUUGAUGAUGCUCGUUUGGCGCUUGUUGGCAUGGGUAGAUGGGAUAAUAAAAAUACCCCAGAACGCCUGCAAGAGUUAGAUCUCUUUUUGGAUAAAGAACGUGAACGUAUGAAAGAGGCAACUGGCAAGUCAAAAAUUAAUUACACAUAUUAUCAUCUAUUCUCAAACAAAAAUUUCGCUUCAUAUAGUAUCCUUUUCGCUUAUAGUUUGAUGAUUACAAGCAUCAUCUCAUACGGGUUAGUCUUUAAUAUGGAAAAACUUUCGGGCUCCAUUUAUCUGAACACGAUCAUUGUUGGCUCAUUGCGUUAUGCAAUUAAUCUGAUUUGCGCUUUCAUCGAUAUCAAAUUCGUUUGGGCUGGUCGAUGUCUUUUACAUGGAUUUUCAAUGUUUUUCAUUGCAUUUAGUCUUGGCUUAGUAUUUCUGAUCACUCUAUUCGGUUUGGAUUUGCAAAUAAUUACUCGUAUUACGGCUUUAUCAGCAGCAGCAAUGUGUAGUCAAAUUUAUAUUCUGAAUGCGGUUACACCAUCUGAACUCUUUCCAACAGCUAUACGCAAUAAGGAAAUUGGCUUUAUUCAAACAUUUAAUCGUAUUGGCAAUAUUAUUGCACCACAGAUUUUUGUUAUUGGUGAACUAUGGACUCCACUUCCGUAUUUGACAAUGUGUCUGUUUGCAUUGCUUGAAGUAACUGCUUUUCUAUGGAUUGUUCCUGAAACGAAAGGAAAACCGAUGCCUGACCGGAUGCCUGGAGAAGAGGAUGCUGCUGCUGCUUAUGGAGUUGCUAAACCUUUAAUUAAGAUUGAUAAGAUCAACAAUGAGCGUAUGCCAUUGAGUGAAAUGAAAAAAUGA